AUGGAAGUUCCGGUGCAUGCCUCAAAAUAUAGAAAAAAUUAUGGAUAUAAACACAUUAUAGAUAUAGUUGAUGGUAAGUUAGCAGAUUUACUAGCAUGGAUAGAGAAAACGGGUGAAGAAAUUUUUGUUGGUGAACAAGCCGGACCACCUACCAAGUGUGAUUUAACAAAAUUGGCAACAGAUUCUUUCAAGCUGUACCGAGAAAUGCGAGACUGUUUAAAUUUUCGAAUCUUACAAGCUAUGGUGAAAGAUGGUAUAUACAUUUAUGAUGAAUAUGGAAGCUUAACCAUUGCUUCUAAACUGAACCAGAUUUCAGAUAUGAAGGGUGAUAUAAUAAGAUUAUUAGAAUUUAUGAUGAUUAUUAAAACCGAGGUAAAAAAUAAUGUGAUAGUGGAAUAUGAUAAUAAUUCUAUUCAAAUUUUGAAAAGAAAGUUUGAUGAGAUUACCCAAACAAAACCAUCACCUAAUAAAGUUGUGAAAAAAUAA